GCUGCACUGAGUCAUGUUGAUUUAGUCGCUUUGCAACUCUCCUGUCGAGUGCGCGUCCCUCAUCGAACUUGCUACGAGCUUGAAUGUUGUUGUGGUUGUUGUAGAACCCGCCGCCGUCUGUCCUCCUGCCGUGCGUUCUUCAUUCUUGCUUCUGUCUGCCGCGAAUGUCCGGUCCGCCCGCGAUCGCUACCACCGCCCUCGUCGUCGUCGUUGUCGUUCAAUAGGUCGCUGUCGUCAUCGAUCGUUGUCAUCUGGUGUGGCGGCUCUGUAGUUUGCGUUUUUGGGAUAUUCUAAAGUGUGUUGUGCAUUUGGCGUGGAUUUUUGGUGUGCUUUUAGGUCGAUUGCUCUAGUGGAAUAUUUUUCAAUUUGAACGGAAGAGUGUUUGUAUUUAGAUCCGGAAGGUCAUUAACAUACCUACACAUAAAGUGAUAGUGAUUCUACGUUGAACAAACAAUCAAACAGUGCGACCAGAUCGAAGCAGUUCAAUUCAACGACCGGAAAAUCGCAAAACCGUGCCCUACCGAGAAUUCCAGCAAGAUCGCCCCUCAUCGAUGCCGUACCGCAAGAACAUCCAGUUUUGAGAUCUUGUUUUCAUUCACCAAGUGAAAGAUCACCCACAUCUGCAGAUCUUCAUCACCUCGCACCCGAGGACCGUCUUUCCCACAGUAAGAGCACCCCACCCGUCGGCAAAGCUGAUCACGCCCAAACGGUCGAGGUGCGUGGUGAGCCUCGUGAUCUCCUCCCUCUCUCGCUCUCGCUCUCUCUCUUUCGUGCUGUAGUGCCAUAGAAAAGCCGUCAAAAUAGGUGCCAUGGGGAAAGACUACUACAAAACUUUGGGCAUACCCAAAGGGUCGACGGACGAGGACAUCAAGAAGGCCUACCGGAAGCUAGCACUCAAAUUCCACCCGGACAAAAACAAAAGUCCGGGCGCGGAGGAAAAAUUCAAAGAAGUGGCGGAAGCGUACGAGGUGCUAUCCGACAAGAAGAAGCGGGAACUGUACGAUAAGUACGGCGAAGACGGACUGAAAGGAAGGGCAUCCAAUGGCACGACAAAUUCGUCACAGAACUUCACAUAUGAAUUCCACGGUGAUCCGCGGGCAACUUUCGCACAGUUCUUCGGUUCCAGCAACCCGUUUGCGUCGUUUUUCGAUAUGCACAAUGACAGUAUGUUCAACGACAGUUUAUUCAAUGAUGAUGAAUUUUUCACAUCCUUUGGAGGACUGGGGAAUCGCCACGGGUUGGGAGGAGCGUUCAGAUCACACUCAUUCAACGUGCACUCACCGCUCAAGAAAGAAAAGGUGCAGGAUCCACCGAUCGAGCACGACCUGUACGUGACGCUGGAGGAGAUCUACCAUGGCUGUGUUAAGAAAAUGAAAAUUUCCCGGAGGGUACUGCAGCCGGACGGUACCUCCAAGAAGGAAGACAAAUACGUCAGUAUAUCGAUCAAACCGGGCUGGAAGUCCGGCACCAAGGUGACCUUCCAGAAGGAGGGCGACCAAUCGAAAGGGAAAAUACCUGCCGAUAUAGUGUUUAUAAUCCGUGACAAGCCGCACGUUUGGUUCCGGCGGGAAGGCAGCGACCUGCGGUACACGGCGAGGUUAACGUUAAAACAGGCGCUCUGCGGAGUGAUCUUCGAAGUGCCCACGAUGACGGGCGAGAAGCUACGCAUCAGUACAAAGCAAGAGAUCAUCAAACCGAACACGGUCAAACGGAUCCAGGGCUAUGGGCUGCCCUUCCCCAAGGAACCGACGCGCAAGGGCGACCUACUAGUGGCAUUUGAUAUCAAAUUCCCCGACAAACUGACGCCAUCGGAGAAGGAACUGCUGAACGAUAUGCUUCCGAAUUCCUAGAUCAUCCUAGACUUCAUGUAUGGAUCCUCGUUCACCUUCACGCGUAUUAACGUCCCAACUUCCGAAAUGUGUAAUUGUUUUCUGUUGGUCCCUGCCCUUUACCCCCCACCCGCGUUGGCACUUAACGUACUCAACUCAAUCAGUCGAUGGUUUUUAUUUGUACAUUUUUUUACAAUUGCCGUUUUACGUUAUUUAUCUUUAAUUUCAAGCGCAAAUACAGGUUGUAACAUGCCGCCGUCGCUGUUCCUUUGUAAAUACAUUAACACGAUCCAACACACUACUGCUGCAAUGCUCUCGACACUGACCACUUAUUUGUUAAUUUCAAUCGUCACAUGAUUUGACACGGCCGCAUUCAUUUCACACUAAACCCCCCCUCCCGUUACUAUCGCUCCAACUCCAUGUACGAUAAUGAAUUAUGAUAUUACAAUUCAAUCCUGUAGAGCAGAGCGAUACCGUCGCAUCCUCCCCCGCAAAGGUAUCCUUUUGAAUGUGUACGGCUGUAAGCUGUAUCCUCUCUCUCGCGCGAGCAUUCAAACACUCGGAAUAAAUUACCAAUUUAUAACAAAACUGAUGAUGAUGAUGAUGAUAAUAAUGAUUAUUAUUAUUUAAUUUAAACUCGCGUUAUCUGAUUCUUGGAAAUAUAUACUCUUCUAUACAAAACAACCGAA